GCAGAUUUCUAAUUUUAUAAUUUAGUAACAUUUUUUAUACAUAUUUAAGAAGUGCUCCGAACGCGUUUUGGCGUAUGGAAUUAAAACACCGAGAGAGGAGGGAAUAACCCCCAAAACAAAAACCUAGCCGCUUCCAAUGUCAAAACGCAACGCAACGCAGUCCCAACCGCCGCCUAGACCGCUGAUAAAGCAGCACUCGUGGUCGCCGGACGCCGAUCGCGAAGAGGCUUGGCUUCGGAGGAAGGGUAAACAGCCAUCGGGGCGACUCGGUCGGAGUAAGAGCGUCACGGACGAAGAUCUGGAAGAGCUCAAGGGCUGCAUCGAGCUGGGAUUCGGGUUCGAGCCUGAUUCGCCGGAUUUGGAUCCGAGACUCUCGGAAACUCUUCCAGCUCUUGGGUUAUACUGCGCCGUCAACAAACAGUAUAGCAGCAGAUUGUCCCGGACUUCGUCUCUGUCUUCGAUCGUAUCGGAAGGUGAACUUAGCAAUUCGAGCACGACGAUCGUCGAUCAAGAGGAAUGA